UCCAAGGUUGAGAUUAGUUUCCAUUUUCUUUGUACUAUUUUCUGGAUAAUAAGACAUUAAACAUUUGAAGAGAUGGAGAAUGAAGAUGGGUAUAUGAUGCUGAGUUUCAAGAAUCGUUGUAAAUCGAAGCAGAAAUCUAAAGAUUUCUCCCUAUAUCCACAAUAUUAUUGUCUUCUGCUCAUAUUUGGAUGCAUUGGGAUCCUUAUUUUCAUUAUAACAGUGAUUGACCUGAAGUUCUGGCAUAAAAAAAUGGAUUUCUCCCAGAAUGUAAACAUCAGCAGUCUAUCAGGACACAAUUAUUUGUGCCCAAAUGACUGGCUGCUGAACAAAGGGAAAUGUUACUGGUUUUCAACUUCUUUUAAAACGUGGAAAGAGAGUCAACGUGAUUGUACACAGCUACAGGCACAUUUACUGGUGAUUCAAAAUUUGGAUGAGCUGGAGUUCAUACAGAACAGUUUAAAACCUGGACAUUUUGGUUGGAUUGGACUAUAUGUUACAUUCCAAGGGAACCUAUGGAUGUGGAUAGAUGAACACUUUUUAGUUCCAGAAUUGUUUUCGGUGAUUGGACCAACUGAUGACAGGAGCUGUGCCGUUAUCACAGGAAAGUGGGUGUAUUCUGAAGACUGUAGCUCCACAUUUAAAGGCAUUUGCCAGAGAAAUGCAAUCUUGACGCCCAAUAGAACCAGUGGUGUGUAAAUGUACAACAAAAUAUAGAAAUACUUUGCAUGUUAAAGCAGAGCCAGAUUUUAAAGAUUUAAGAUUUUUAGGUAAAGUUGCUAACAGAAAGUUUCUGCUAACAGACAUCAUCUAAAUAGGAGAAAAGUAUUUUAUCCUGAUUGACUAUAAAGACAACUUCUGAACAGAACUUUUACUCUAUACUUGGAUUUCUGGUUUGUCUUUUCCAUGGCAUUGACAAUAAAAGCUAAAUAAAAAAUUAGUAAUUAUUUUAAUAGUUAUUUAAUAGUUUGAUUUUUUUGCAUUUAAAAUAGCAUGGAAUAAAACGACUUUAAAGGAAUGUUAUUUGGCUAUAUGUGCUAUGUGGUAGAUUGGAAGGAAAGAAGCAGUAUAUGUACAAAUAUAAUAUUUGAAGCAUGGAAUUCUGAAUUUUUCAUCUGUGUAUUAUAGCCUGAAGUGUUUGGUGGGGAGUGGGUAAUGAGAAAUUACCUACUGGGUAUAAUGUACAAUAUUUAGGUGAUGGAUAAACUAAAAGCUCAGACUUCUCCACUCUGUGAUAUAUCCAUGUAACAAAAUUAUGCUUGUACCCUUUAAAUGUAUUCAAAUAAAAUAAAAUAAACUCAUGUGGCCAAAUAUUCAAAAAAAAAAAAGCAAAUCUGUGCAUGUAAAUUAAGAAUUGAAAGAAAUAUGUAUGGAUGUUAACAGUGCCUAUUCUUUUUCUUUAGUGAAAUACAAAUUUAUUUCUUUUUCUAUCCAAAUACAAAAUUUUAACGUAAUGCUUCUAAAUGAAAAAACUACAAUAACUUGUUUUUAUUUUUAAUAUAUGUCUUUAUUCUUUAAAGCUUUAUUGAGGUCAAAUUGAUAUACAAAAUAUUGCACAUACUUAAUUUUUACUUUCUGGUGAGUUUGUAUACACUUGAGAUGCCAUCACCACAGCUCAGGUACUAAACGUAUCCAUCACCUUCAAAUAUGUCCUUAUGUUCUUUUGUGUCUGUCUGCUUUUAUUUUUAUAAGAACGCAACACGAGAUAUAGUCUCUUAAUUUUUUUUUUUUUUGAGACGGAGUCUCACUCUGUUGCCCAGGUUGGAGUGCAGUGGCGCAAUCUUGGCUCACUGCAACCUCCGCCUCCGAGGUUUAAGUGAUUCUUGUGCCUCAACCUCUUGAGUAGCUGGGAUUACAGGCAUGCAUCACCAUGCCCAGCUAAUUUUUAUAUUUUUAGUAGAGACGAGGUUUCACCAUGUUGGCCAGGCUGGUCUUGAACUCCUGACCUCAAGUGAUCCACCUGCCUCGGCCUCCCAAAGUGCUGGGAUUACAGGCGUGAGC